CAAUUCGUAGCGAGAGAAAGAAAAGAAAGAGGGGAAGCAAAAUCAACCGAAUUUUCUUGAGCCCUAACCCUAAUUUCAACGAUCUGAUGGCGAACGACAAGCAGAUCGAAUCUCAUCACCGCAAGCACCACCGUUCGCCUUCUUCGGCCGACGAGGCCGAUAAAUCAUCUAAGCGGCACAAGCACCGUCAUCACAAGCACCACCACAGGCGCCACCACCGACAUCACCGUGAUAAGAAGCGCGACGAUGAAAUUCCAUCCGGCGGCGGUGAGACGGAGGUGAAGAAGGAUGCCACUCCGAUUGGAGUUAGUAACGGCGGUGAGGAUGACGUCGAGGAGGGGGAGAUUCUAGAUGAAGAGGGGAUUGCCAAUGUCAAGAAUUCAGAUUCCGACGGCGAGUCAGGAGAAAUCAAAUCCGAUCAAUUUCAAGCCAAUGAUCUGGUCUGUUCUAUUCGACCUUCUGCUUCUAAUGUUUCCAAUUUCUUAGGGUUUAAAUUCUGUUUGGAUGCUGGGAUUAGAGGGGUGAAUUUUGGUUUGACUGAAACCAUUGAUUUUUUUUUAAUACGCAACUCAGUAUCCAAACAGCAUUUAUGCCUCUAUACUAAGCUGAAUUUGCUUUUAUUUAACGAAAGCUGUGGUCUUUGAGGGUUUUUCUUUAGAUAACCUGAGUGUUUCAUUGCAUAUGUAAGAAAGCAGUUGCACUAGGCGUUCAAUGGAGACUGAUGGCUUUCCCUUGAUUUCCUGUAGAUGGGAUAAAUGCCGAGACUUCUAAUGGUGUUCUAACUCGUGAAUCUGAAAGGGAGGACAAGAGGUGGUAUAAAGAAUCUGGAGGUCCUUCAGAGAGAGUCGGUAAGAGAAGUUAUGAUAAUGGUAGGAGCUCAUUUUCUUCGGAAAACUCUGAAGAGAAACAUAUGACUAGUUACCGGUCUCCGACAAACAGCAGGCAGUCUAACGAAGUUCGUGCUCGGAGUAGAUCUAGGUCACAUGAUCCGGAGAGGGAAAUGUCAAGAUCAAGGAUUGUUGCGGCGGAUGAGUUUUCGGUCAGAGGAAGACAUCAUGACUCUAGUAGGGAUUAUCGUCAUGACAGAGUUGACUCAGGGAGGACUGAGGAAAAAUACCAUCGACGUGGGCGAUAUGAGGAAGAUGACAGGCAGUAUAGUCGAGAAGUCUUGGAAAAAGAAAGAAGUAAGGAGAUGGAUAUGGACAGGGAGGGAAUAAGAGAUAGGGAUUCAGAAGGAAGUAAACGGAGAGAGAGAGAUAGUGAUCGGAGGAGGGACAGAGAACGAGAGAAAAGAAGAGAGGUAGAUGCUGACCGUGAAAGGCAAAAAGUCAAGGAACGAGAGCGCAGCAUUGAUAGGGAUAGGAGAAGGGAGAGGGAAGGACGAGAUAGAGACAAUGAAAGAGGUAGGAGCAUUGACAGGGAUAGGAGAAGGGAGAGGGAAGAAGAUUAUUUACGAGAUAGAGACAAUGGAAGAGGUAGGAGUAGAGAUAGAACCAGGUAUAAUAGCAGAGAGAGGAAGACAGAAAAAGAAAGGGAAAGUGACAAAGGAAGAGAAAUCCAGACUGAUAGAGACAAGUAUAAAAGUGUUGAUGUGGAGAACGGUGAAAGAAAUGAGGAUGAUCAAAAAGAUAAUGACGAAGGAGUUAUAUGGGAAUUUCCGGAAGAAGAAGAAGAAGCAGAACUAAAUAGAAUCAAAGAGGAGAGCAGGAAGCGAAUGGAAGCCAUACUGGAGAAAUAUAAGAAGAAGCCCGAGCAGCAAAAUGAAAUUUUGUCUCAGGGCAAGGGUACAGAUGUUCAAGAAAUUGGUGCUCCACAUUCAGCCUCUUCUGCAGUUGUCGUAGCUGCUAAUGCUGGUCUUGCUAAAGCUAACUCGGAGAAUGAUGUUGUAGUUGGUGAUGUUGCCAAGACAUCAUUAACAGCUGGUGGGCCACCUACUACGUUUGGAAUUUCAGACUCAGAGAAGACUCAAGCUCCAGCGGGGCUUGGUGAAGGUAGCCCGAAGAGUGAAGGAUCAGCUGACAUGUUUCAUGAUGAUAUUUUUGGAGAGUCCCCAGCUGGUAAUCGGAAAGUGGGUCUCAUGCGAGGGAAAGGUGAUGGUGUUCCGAUGGUAAGGAGCGGCCUUCAUGAUAAUUGGGAUGAUGCAGAGGGUUACUACAGCUAUCAGUUUGGCGAGCUACUUGACGGUAGAUAUGAAGUCAUUGCUACUCAUGGAAAAGGUGUCUUCUCUACUGUGGUUCGUGCAAAAGAUUUAAAAGCUGGACCAGCUGAACCCGAAGAAGUUGCUAUAAAAAUUAUUCGUAACAACGAGACAAUGCAUAAAGCUGGCCAGAUUGAGGUUCAGAUAUUGAAGAAGCUGGCUGGCGCUGACCGAGAUGACAAGCGCCACUGUGUUCGUUUUCUUUCAAGUUUUAAGUACCGGAAUCACCUUUGCUUGGUGUUUGAGUCGCUCCAUUUGAAUCUUCGUGAGGUCUUGAAGAAGUUUGGCCGCAACAUUGGCCUUAAACUCUCUGCUGUUAGGUCUUAUUCAAAGCAGCUAUUCAUUGCCCUUAAACAUCUGAAAAAUUGUGGGGUUCUUCACUGCGAUAUAAAGCCUGACAACAUGCUGGUGAAUGAGAACAAAAACGUGUUAAAGCUUUGUGACUUCGGUAAUGCAAUGUUUGCUGGAAAAAAUGAAGUUACGCCAUAUCUUGUUAGUCGCUUUUACAGAUCCCCUGAAAUCAUUCUGGGGCUCGCCUAUGACCACCCGCUGGAUAUAUGGUCGGUUGGCUGCUGUCUAUAUGAGCUUUAUUGCGGGAAAGUUCUUUUCCCUGGCGCCACAAAUAAUGAUAUGUUACGCCUUCAUAUGGAACUGAAAGGCCCCUUCCCCAAAAAGAUGCUUCGCAAAGGAGCAUUUAUUGAUCAGCACUUUGAUCACGACUUGAACUUUUACGCUACAGAGGAGGACACUGUUAGUGGGAAGAUGAUAAAGAGAAUGAUUGUAAAUGUAAAGCCAAAAGAUUUUGGUUCAAUUAUUAAAGGAUACCCUGGUGAGGAUCCGAAGAUGUUAAGUCAUUUCAGGGAUCUCUUGGACAAAAUGUUCAUCCUUGAUCCUGAAAGGAGACUGACUGUUUCACAGGCAUUAGCUCACCCAUUCAUCACUGGCAAGUGAAUCAAUCAAUGUUGCCCGUUUUCUCUCUUUCUCUCUCUUCUAUCAGGAAAAUGAUGUUGUCCUACUAGAUAUUUGUACAUUACACACAUUGUAAUAUAAGAAACAUGAGCCUAGGGCCUCAUUUUUUUUGAGAAAAACUUCGUAA